UUGGAACAAAAUAUAAAGAAAUGAGAGAAGGUUAGAAACUUCUAUAAAUGUAUUUGUCUGACUUCUGAAACGUUAAGCUCAGGUUUAUACAGUCACGAGGCUUCGGUUAGGAUCAUUUUCCCAGGGAUUGGUGUGUACGUGAGCGACAGGACGGGCUGAUUUUUACAUCACCACUUCUCUUGAAUUCAUUUUGCAACGGUCUCCGGUUAAUGAGGAUAGCAGGAAUUCAUUCCCGGCAGCAGCAGCAUGCAAACUUUCCUCGCAAUCCUGCAGCUUCUGCUGGUUUUUCAGCGGGUACCUGCGCAGAUGUCCGACCUUCAAGAUGAAGGGGGUCCCAAUACAGUAAUUCCGUUGUCUGAGGUGAUGGCAAAGUGCUCGUGUCAGGUCAUGGACCAGCUGGUGUAUGUGUACGAUGAGUACCCCCAGUCGGUGGAGAACAUGUACGUACCUCAUUGUGUGGUGGUUCGCCGAUGCUCUGGUUACUGUUCGGAUGAGGGCUUCAAGUGCCUUCCUACCCUCGAACGCAACACCACUCUGCAGCUGAUGAUUCGUUCCAGCAAACCCACUGUGGUGGAGCUCACAUUUCUAGAACAUCGGCAGUGCGAAUGCAGAAAACCUGAUAAUCUUCAGUAUUAUGAAAGAUCAGUAAUUAACAGCAGCAGCAGCAAGUCCAUUGAGAGCAGACCUCGGAGGAGGAAACAAACGAAAAAAUGGCUGUAGAAAGUGUCAGUUCCAGACAAGAAGAUCACUCUUCGCUGAUUUGGCAUGUGGUGUCUUUGUGAUUUUUAUUCAGCUGUCUGCAUUUUUGUGCCAUUUGUGUAUAAAAGAAUAUUUAUAUAUAUAUAUAUUUUUUUCACAAUGAAUAAAAACUAAAAUAAAUAUAUAAAAAGUGAGAAAAAACCCAGCCAGGUCAUUAUUAUUAUUAUUAUUUUAAUCCUAUAUCAUGCUUUCAUCAUGAAAAAUGAUCUUUUUCUGAUCGGAGCCUAUCCCAGCUGUGAUAGGAGGAAAGGAUAGGUCGCAUGUUUAUCCCUCUGUGGCGUGGUGUUAACCUCAAACAACAAACCAGAAUUUUUGGGGUUAUUGCAGUGUCCAUUUAAUUUAAUGACUGAAGGCAACCCAUUGUUCAGUAAAAUGAGGAGGAGAAGAGGGACUGACCUUUGACCUGGUGGCGAAGCACUCUUGUCAGGAACAAAAUCCACAUUGGAUGUGGUGCC